AUGACUGAGGUGCAGGUCAACGGACUGGCCGAGGGGGGUCUCGAUCUUACGGCUACCAAAACGGCACUGUAUUCCUCUUCCACAACCAUUCGUGUUGGAAGCCUACACAGUCUCGAAGAGAGACUAGCAAAAAUAGACCAGAGACUUUUCCCUCCUCUUCUGCGGAUUUUCUUCCGCACAUUCUCCUAUUAUAACGAUCGAAACUCGCGCCGAGCGGUUCAACGCUGCAUACGAACAAUUUUUGGUUCUGGCGCUGCUCCCGAGGCCCUCGCAGAUUUUGUCGAUCUUCUUCAUACCGAAACAUCCAAGAUCAAGCUCUCACCGACCGAUGCCUUUGUUCUUGUUGAAUGGUGUAGCAUAUUGCUCCAGGAGAUAUCGGGCACAAGUAAUUGGGAAAGAUGGGGCCUAAAAAUAAUUACGAGCAACGCCCAAGCUCUUGAUUUGUGCCUAGGCGAAUCAUCACGGUCCAAUGUGAAGCAUUCGGCUUUGGUGGUAACUCGGCGCGGCCUACGAAAGCUUUUCUCGAAGGAAGACACCAGACAGAAAGUAAUUGAGGACAUUGUACGAAACCUCUCUUCGAAGGGCUCCCAGCCUUCAGCAAGAUAUUGUGUCAUGCUCGGCGUAGUUGCUGGAGUUUGUGCAAGAUUGCCCCAAGCCAGGGAAAUUCUCGCGCUCAAGAAGUCUGAGCUAUAUGCUUUCUACAACAGGGAAGUAAUUGGGUCACGAAAUCCCGUCCCCCCGCAUGUCGCCAAUGGAUUACGAGAUUUCUUCGAAGCUUUUACAACCAUGGAAGAUGUUGAGAAAGAGAUUGUUCCGCCUUUGGAAAAAGCACUUCUCAGAGCUCCGGAAAUCGUUCUCAACAACCUGAUCGAGCAUUUCUUCAACUCCCUCUCGGAGUCUAUAGACCUCUCGAGCAUCCUACGAGCCAAUCUGCUAAGACCUUUACUUUCUAAUAUCAAAUCCACGAAUGCCUCAAUACGCCAGGGAGCUCUUUGUACUUUCAAAGCCAUUGUGCUCAAAUGUCACGAACCUGAUGUUAUUGCCAAGGUAGUAGAAGAGAUUCUCACUCCGUUGAAGACUGGCAAGCUUCCAUCAGCGGACCAGAGAGCUAGCCAUGCAGACAUGCUUACGGCGCUACACGUAUCAGAAUUGACUGCCACAUCAGUAAUUCCAGCUAUCGCUGCUUGUGCAGGAAAGGAGGCCAACGAAGGAGCGCUUAGUGCGGAGACCUUGACUCUUCUUCGCUACAUUCAAUGGGCUUUGUUGAACGGAAUGGAAGUGCCUAAGUCCGCAAUUGACGCUUUUGUGAAAGGGUUGUCAGACAAGAAAGUUCCUGCCAAGCGAUUAUGGGCGACUCGCCUUGGAGACCUUUUCUGGGAUAUAAAUAGCCCUGAGGUUUUAGGAUCCAAGCUCUCGAAUCUCGCCGAGGCAAUCAUGCCAGCUCUAAUAGACAUUUGGCAAGAAUGUACUAGCAAUCCAAUCUCCGCUGCUCAAUCUGGUCUUAUUACCGCCGGCUAUGUUUUCACAGCCAUAUCCCAGUCCAAGCUGGCUCUUACGUCGAACAACAAAGUGCAGACAUCACUGAAGAAAGCGCAAGUUUCACGGCAGGCAUUAACGAUGAGUCCUAAGCCAUCAUUUCUGUUAAACCAGCGCAUAUUUUCAAAGCUCUCCACAGAUGAUGACUUCAAAUGGUUCAUCCGUGCACUUUCCUGUUUAUCAUCGGAAGUGUCUGCCAUCGAAUCCGAUUCCGCGGCUGCAGUGAACUGGUCUCAGGCUAUCAUAUUCUGUAUUUGUUCCUCUAGCGUCAAACCUGCACUUCGCAAAGAUGCUUGUCGUACACUUUCGGAAAUGUACAUCAAAAAUCCUUCUCAUAUAUCAAAGAUUAUUGUCACUGGACUCUGGCGUUGGCGACAACACGUCGAGUUUGGAGAAAAAGAUAGCGCAGCAGUCGCAGCUAAAACAGAAAACCAAAAUCUUCAUCUUGUCGUCAGAUCGAUUUGCAUCCCGCCGAUAGAUAUCGCUCGAGUCGGGGGUACAGUAAGCAAAAUGAUCCUCAAAAAGCAGAUGGUAUCAUUAUUAGUCAUAUCCCGACCAGAAUUACUACCACGGAUCAAUUGGAUCGAUUUAUGUUUACGAGUUGAGGUGGAUCCCGGGGAUCUUGCUCGAGAAUUUGGGGACGCGUUAUUGCAACAGAUACUUGAUUUUACAAGCUUCACGGAGGCAACCGAUCUGCAACACUCGGAUACCGUAAAGCAAGCCGCCUUCAAGGCUGCAGCGGAGCUUGCUUUUGUCGCACCUGAUUCUAUGACAUCCCGCAUCGUGAAGCUCAUACAGGGGGACCUUGAUGCUACACAACUAGCUGGAGUUGGUCAUGUGGAAGCUGCUAUAUUUCGGACUCCGGAGGGCGUUGCUUUUGUUGACGUUCUGGCCGCGAAAUCCCAAAACUACGUUCCUAAUAAGAACGUUAAGGACUAUGAUACACUCAAAUGGGAGGAAGAAUUACGAGCACAACUCGCACAGAAGAAAGGGCAACAAAAAAAGCUCAGCCCAGAAGAGACAGCCAAAGUCAAGGCUCAAUUGAAAAAGGAGGCAGAAAUUCGGUUAAACCUCCGAUUUGUUGAAGCUAAACUGCUACGUGGAUUUGGUGUCAUCAACAGCCUUGCAACUGGCCCUCCAACUGAAGCGCGUCUCUGGAUUGGACCUGCAGUAGAAGCCCUAAUUGGUAUUAUGAACGCUGGUGCAGGGCUACUCACUGGGAGUGCUGCUCCAGAUGCAUACGUUUCAUGCUCAGAAACACUCCCAAGCCGUAUAGGGGCUCUUCGUCCCUUCAUUGGGGUAGCAACUCUGAGAGCUCUAGACGUUCCACAUUUGCCUGAUCACCUAUUACAGGAACCUCUAGGUCCUCUGAUAACUAGGGUGCUCUACCGCCUCCGCUUCUCUGGAGAACAACGCCCGUUUGAUACUGUCUCCUUGACAUAUAUUGCCCCUCUAGUUUUCUUAGUACUCCGAAAUGGGGGGUUCGGAGAAGCUGACGAUGCGGAAGCACAAAUAGUCCUUGGUUUAGAAUUUCUUACUUUCCAUACGGAUGCGUGCUCUGACACCCUUGCGCCACGUCAAGAAGUUAUCUCGGCCCUGGUUUCUUCUAUGCAGACUUAUAACCAACACUACAAAAUCAUCAAGGACUGCUUAGCAGAUCUUUGCCGAUGUAUCGCACCCAAUAUUACCGAUCACGAAAUUGCUAUCCUUGCUCGAGGUGCAAUUGUUCCGCAGGUCUCAGUUAGAACAUCAGUGUUGCAAUCGAUCAGUUCCGAGAUUGACAUGAGUGACCUCGAAUUUUCCGAGGAGACUUGGCUUGCGUGUCAUGACGAUGUGGAGGAGAAUGUCGAACUUGGUCGCGAAAUCUGGGAAGAGAGCGGUUUUGGCGUUUCAACUGAGACCCCUUUCCGAAUGCUGCCAUAUCUCAACAGCCCCGACAAGCAGCUUCGAAGAGCAGCUGCUAGAUCUGUUGCCGAGGCGGUUAAAAUCCAUGCGUCGACGCUUCAGGAUGUGCUUGCACAAUUGCAAUCUUCAUAUAAGGAACUAGCAAAACCACGGGUACCUCAGCUCGAUGAAUACGGGAUGCCCAAGAAGAUGGACCUGUCAGAUCCGUGGGAGGCUAGAAGUGGUAUUGCAAUUGCAUUCAAAGAACUCGCACCUAUUUUUGAGGAUAAUCUGCUGAAUUCGUUCUUGCGGUUUCUCAUUGAGCAAGGGCCGUUAGGGGAUAGGGAUCCCAACGUACGAGAAGAGAUGGUAGAAGCCGCCACGACAAUUAUUGCGCUGCACGGAAAGAACAAGGUGGAGCAGUUGAUGAAGACUUUCGAGCAAACAUUAGAGGCACCAGACAAGGGCUCUGAGUUUGCAGACCGCGUUAAUGAAGCAGUAAUCAUUAUGUAUGGCGCUCUAGCGCGUCAUCUGCAAGCUGGGGACUCGCGCGUGCCAAUCGUGGUCGACCGUCUAUUGGAGACUUUGAGUACUCCAUCCGAGGCCGUUCAAUACGCCGUUGCGGAGUGUCUUCCUCCCCUAGUCCGCGCGUCGAGCGAUAAGACUCCAGAGUACAUCCAUCAAGUUAUUGAGCGACUCUUAAACUCCAAGAAAUAUGCGGCCCGUCGUGGUGCUGCGUACGGCCUUGCAGGAGUUGUUCAUGGGCAAGGCAUCUCUGCCUUGAGAGGUUAUCGAGUUAUGACCACCCUCAAGGCUGCGAUUGAGAACAAGAAGGAUGUAAAUCAUCGAGAAGGUGCCUUGAUAGCAUACGAACUUUUCUCCACAAUUCUUGGGCGGGUUUUUGAACCGUACGUUAUCCAGAUUGUGCCUCAACUGCUUUCUAGCUUUGGCGAUACUAGCACCGACGUGCGUGAGGCUUGCCUAGCGGCUGCGAAGGCUUGCUUUGCGAGCUUGAGUUCCUACGGUGUCAAGAGAAUUCUACCUACUCUCCUUGAUGGACUAGAUGACCAACAAUGGAGAAGUAAAAAGGGGGCAUGUGACUUGCUCGGUGCCAUGGCCUACCUCGACCCACAACAACUCGCCCAAAGCUUGCCUGAAAUCAUUCCGCCGUUGACCGGAGUCCUCAAUGACAGCCACAAAGAGGUCCGUCUUGCCGCCAACCGCAGUUUGAAACGCUUCGGUGAGGUCAUCAGCAAUCCCGAGAUCAAGAACCUUGUCGAUGUGUUGCUCAAGGCACUUAGUGAUCCGACAAAGUACACGGAUGAUGCUCUUGAUUCACUCAUUAAGGUAUCUUUUGUGCACUACUUAGAUGCUCCGUCACUGGCCCUUGUGGUUCGUAUCUUGGAGCGCGGAUUAGGCGACCGCUCAGCGACCAAGCGAAAAUCUGCCCAGGUUAUUGGCAGUCUUGCUCAUUUAACAGAGAGGAAAGACCUGGUUGCGCAUCUACCAAUUUUGGUCGCGGGUCUCAAGGUUGCUGUUGUUGAUCCCGUACCAACAACCCGUGCCACCGCCUCUAAAGCCCUGGGUUCUCUCAUCGAGAAGCUUGGAGAAGAUGCCCUUCCAGAUCUCAUCCCAAAUCUAAUGCAAACUUUAAGGUCAGAUACUGGUGCUGGAGACCGACUCGGGUCUGCUCAAGCACUCAGUGAAGUACUUGCCGGUCUUGGCACCAAUCGUCUAGAGGAGACUCUACCGACGAUUUUACAAAAUGUCGCGUCCAACAAACCCGCUGUCCGAGAAGGCUUCAUGUCGCUUUUUAUAUUCCUGCCUGUUUGUUUUGGCAACAGCUUUGCCAAUUAUCUCAGCAAGAUCAUUCCUCCUAUCUUAUCUGGCCUAGCAGAUGAUGUCGAGUCAAUCCGUGAUACGGCGCUCCGUGCUGGUCGCCUUUUAGUCAAGAAUUUUGCAACCAAAGCCAUCGAUUUGCUGCUUCCCGAGCUUGAGCGAGGUCUUGCAGAUGAUAAUUAUAGAAUCCGUCUUAGCUCCGUUGAGUUGGUAGGAGAUCUAUUGUUCAAUCUUACCGGGAUCUCAGCGACUACUGAGCAAGAUGAGGUCGAGGAAGGGGCACAAGAAGCUGGCGCCUCGCUAUUGGAGGUCCUUGGGGAAGAGAAAAGGAACAAAGUUCUAUCCUCGUUAUAUAUUUGCCGCUGCGAUACUUCGGGCCUUGUCCGUACGGCUGCUGUUAAUGUUUGGAAGGCGUUGGUGGCGAGCCCUCGCACCCUGAAAGAGCUCAUCCCUACACUCACACAACUCAUCAUCAGACGUCUUGGCAGCUCAAAUAUGGAACAAAAAGUCAUCGCUGGCAAUGCGCUCGGAGAACUCAUUCGCAAGGCUGGCGAUGGAGUACUCGCAACAUUGCUACCAACGCUCGAGGAAGGCCUACAAACAUCCACAGAUACGGAUGCCAAACAGGGCAUCUGCAUAGCACUUCGAGAGCUCAUUUCUUCUGCCUCCCCUGACGCAUUGGAAGACCACGAGAAAACUCUGAUAUCAGUGGUUCGGAUUGCGCUUAUCGAUUCAGAUGAAGAAGUCCGAGAAGCUGCAGCUGAGGCGUUUGACUCAUUGCAGCAAAUCCUUGGCAAGAGAGCUGUGGACCAGGUGCUACCUUAUCUUUUGAACCUACUUCGGACGGAAGACGAGGCAGACAACGCACUCUCUGCUCUGUUGACGUUACUCACGGAGACUACGAGGUCUAAUAUUAUCCUGCCGAAUCUCAUCCCCACGCUCACGACUUCGCCGAUUUCUUCAUUCAACGCUAAAGCGCUGGCGUCUCUGUCGUCUGUUGCCGGAUCUGCGAUUACACGGAGGUUGCCCAGUAUCCUUAACUCCCUUAUGGAUAACAUCAUUUCUUGUAAAGACGACGAGCUCCGUGCCGAUCUUGAUACAGCAUUUGACACCGUUAUUCUCUCUAUUGAUGAGUUUGACGGUUUGACAACAGCGAUGGGUGUUCUUCUAGCACUCGUCAAACACGACGAUCACCAUAGAAGAGCCGCAACCGAUUAUCACCUCGCAAAGUUCUUCGCAUCUGCAACAAUUGAUUAUUCUCGAUACAACCAAGAGAUUAUCCGGGCGUUGCUCAUGUCCUUUGAUGACCGAGAUCCGGAAGUUGUCAAGGCUGCCUGGACGGCUCUGAAUGAGUUUACAAAGCAUUUGAAGAAGGAAGAAAUGGAAUCCCUCGUUUCCUCAACUAGGCAAACACUACAGCAUGUUGGCGUGCCGGGAUCCAACUUGGCUGGCUUUGGGCUUCCCAAGGGCAUCAACGCUAUAUUGCCUAUUUUCUUGCAGGGUCUAAUGAAUGGUACUGCAGAGCAGAGGACACGGGCAGCUCUUGCCAUAUCCGAUAUCGUUGAUCGCACGAGUGGGGAUUCUCUAAAGCCAUUUGUCACCCAGAUCACCGGACCUCUUAUCCGAGUCGUGUCGGAAAGAUCAGUCGAGGUCAAGGCUGCGAUCUUGCUUACCUUGAAUAAUCUGCUAGAAAAGAUCCCCACUUUCUUGAAGCCGUUCCUGCCUCAACUCCAGCGGACCUUUGCCAAGUCCCUCGCUGACCCUUCGUCCGAGGUGUUGAGAAGCCGAGCCGCAAAAGCUCUAGGGACUUUGAUCACCCUGACACCACGUAUUGAUCCGUUGAUUGCGGAAUUAGUCACAGGAUCGAGGACUUCAGAUCCAGGUGUGCGUAACGCAAUGUUGAAAGCUUUGUUCGAAGUUGUCAGCAAGGCAGGCGCCAAUAUGGGAGAGCCGUCAAGGGCUGCUGUUCUUGGCUUAAUCGAUACUGAUGCUGAGGACAAUGACAUCGCAAUGGCUAUUACAAACGCAAAGUUACUUGGUGCGCUUAUUAAGAAUGUGCCAUCAGAAAACGCAGUUGGUCUCAUCAAAAACCGGGUCAUGACAACGCACUUCAGUCAAUCCUCCGUGCUAGCAUUAAAUGCUGUUCUUGUCGAAUCGCCUUCGUCGCUUACCGAGAGCCCCUUCGCCGCAGACUUGCCAAAGGUUAUCUGCCAAGGCAUGUCGAACAAAAAUAACUUCAUAGCGGACAACUUCGUUUUAGCUGCAGGGAAAUAUCUCCUCUUGGAUUCUCGAAGCGGUGAAUUUGAAACGAUAAAACCAUUGUUCGAAUCACUUGCUAGGCUCAUCCAACCUGGCAACUCGGUCGAUACCCGCCGCCUAGCGCUUGUAGUUGUGCGCACUGCAUGCCGCCAUUCCAUGGAUAUGGUUCGGCCUCAUCUUCCCCUACUGGCCCUACCUAUCUUUGCUAGUGUCCGCGAUACUGUCAUUCCGAUCAAGCUAGCCGCAGAAGCCUCAUUUAUGGCACUCUUCAAUGUUGUGGAUGAUGAGAGCAAGGUCUUUGACAAGUACAUCGCAUCGCAAGAUCUACCAGCCAAUCAGAAAAGAAGCAUGCAAGAUUAUUUCAAGCGGGUUGCAUUGAGACUUGCAAAUACAGCGCGAGAAAGAAGGGAGGCAGAAGGUGGUCAAGGUGGCCUAGGGCUUUCCAACGAUGAGAUUGAUGAUGAAAGAGAGAUCCAGAGUAUAGGGAAGGUAGAUCUUGGCGAGGGAGCUUUCGACGAGUAA